UAAAAAACUUUAAUGUUCACAGAGAUAUGAAGCUAAUAUAAUCAGAUUAUAUUAUUACUAUUAACUUUACAAAAAAAAACAAAGAAUUCAAGGAAAUCUAUCUCAUAACUCUGGAGAGUAUCGGUACUGCCAAAUUUUCUUUGAUUGAAAAGUUAACCAAUACACCAAGAAAAGAAAAAUAGAAUGACAAACUUGUCAUAGCUAAUGUCACACCAACAACUUCACCACCACAAAUCCUUCCAACAACUCCAUAGCCUGAUGCUUUCCUCUCUAGCUAAGUCUCUAUUUAAAGAGCAAGCUUCAUAAUGACUGGCAUACUAAUCUCAAAGAGCUUCGGUGCAGCAAUUCAUUAGAAAACCAAAGACCCUGAUCAAGCAAACAUUCCAAAAUGUCCAAGCAACUUUCCCCAGUUUUCAUUACAUUGCUUAUUGCUGCUGCCUACAUGGUAACAUGUUUGGCAGCAGGCACCGCAGCAGCAGCAGCAGCAGAAGAACCGGUCCUUGAGUUCUACAUGCAUGAUAUCCUUGGAGGAAGUAGCCCCACAGCUAGACCAAUAACUGGAUUACUAGGAAACAUCUACAGUGGUCAGGUACCUUUUGCUAAGCCAGUGGGAUUCCUCCCCCCACAAGGUGGAGUAGCAAUCCCCAAUGCCAAUGGUGCUGUUCCUACUAUCAAUGGCAUCAAUGGUCUCCCAUUAGGAACUGGCUUAGCUGGUACAGCUUUCGCAGGAAAUCAAAAUCAAAAUGGUAAUCCUCAGUUCCCUCUGGGACCAGAUGGCUUGGGACUAGGCUUCGGAACAAUCACCGUCAUCGAUGACAUACUCACUAACAGCCCUGAUUUGGGGUCACAGGCAAUGGGAAAAGCUCAAGGAGUUUAUGUGGCUAGCUCUGCAGAUGGAACAACCCAAAUGAUGGCAUUCACAGCCAUGAUUGAGGGUGGCGAAUACAACGACAACCUCAACUUCUACGGAGUGUACAAGAUUGGAAGCACCAUGUCACAUGUAUCAGUGACGGGUGGAACAGGCAAGUUUAAAAAUGCUUAUGGACUUGCUGAAGUUCGACCACUUAUACCACCUGGUCAACAUGUUACUGAUGGUGCUGAGACAUUGCUGAGGAUCACUGUCCAUCUCAAAUACUAAAAAGUUGCAUGAUGUCUUGAAAAUUAUGUGUCUGGUUGUGUGACAAAAUGAAAUAUGGUCUUUCUUUCUGGAUUCAAUCUUUCAAUGUAAGAAUUACAAAGUUUAAAAUAUUUUUCCUUUGAUUUACCGAUCUCUUAAAUCCCUUCCAUCCCCUAUCUAACAUAAAUCUAUUUGAACUUACAGUUAUAUAAGAAGUCAUCAUGUGUUAACUUCAUAAAUAAGCUAUUCUCUCAUUUUAUAGAAAUCUUUCUAUUUGUUUGACCGUGCAACUCUACAAAUUGGUUUGACCUUUCAACUUGUAAAUUAAAGCUUUGCAAUUUCAAAGUGCUCUUCCAAGAGAAUGUUCAAAUUACAAAGCAUUCAAUUCCAGCAAUUAUCGGUUUCUUUACCCCAUUAUCACAAUUAAUCUGUUCAUGAAGAGGAAGUGAAAAGUUUAACCCAAAGAUGAUGAAAUCUCUUCCUCUUUCUUAUCCAACCAUUUUUCUUGUCAAUUAAUUAUCUAUUUAGUGAUUAAUCUUCCAAGGGAAUGUUUAAAGCAUAAUGCAUUCAAUUCCAGCAAUUAUCAGUUUCUUUACCCUAUUAUUACAAUUAAUCACUUCAUGAAGAUGAAGUGAAAAGUUUAAUUCAUUAAACCCAAAGAUGAUGAAAUCUCUUACUCUUUCUUAUCUAGUCAUUUUCCUGUAAAUCUAUUAUCCAUUUAGUGAUUAAUGUUGUUGAUUUUUCAAAAGUCUUUGUAGACACUCCAUUUUAUCCGGAGAUUUUUGUUAAUUGGAGCCCGAUUCAAGCUUGAUUGUAGGGUUUUAUUUGUUUUUAUUUUAGACUUUAUUUUGUAUUUAUCAUAUUUACUUAUUUAUUUUAUUUAUUUUGUGGUUUAUCUCUAGUUUAUUUUCUUUUUUUUUUCUUUCUUCAUUAUCUGAUUAAAAAAAAUAAAAUUGGAAGUUUGAGAUUAAGCUUAGUGAUAAUUGUUAUCUACAAGAUUAGGUGCUAAUCUUCAGCUUUGUAAAACGAAUUGAAAUUGAGCUGAAACUCUAUCAGCUUUGGCUUAUAAAUCCUUGCAAUCACAACGAAAAGGAACAGGGCAAGUGAUUAGAGAAAAAUCACAGGAAAACAAAAAAAGCACAUGGCAAUUCAAGCUGAAAAACACGAGAAACACAGAGAAAAUACACCCAAUUUCUAGCCUAAUCCUCAGAAAACCCGUUCCUAGCAAAUAGAGAAACCCAAUCUG